AUGCUAUCAGCUAUAGUAACUGAAACUGAUCAAGUCAAUGGUGGCGAAUGUUUUCAAGUAUCGAAAGCUCAAACUUCGGGUUAUAUGGAAUCUAGCCAUCAAGAAAUGGCAAUUGAUAAUCAAGAAGCUAAGGAAGAGACACCUGGUUUUACUGUUUAUCCAAUGAUGUCUGGGUUCGUCUUCUACACUGAGCAUAUUCAUAAGGAUGAAGAGAUUCGGGAUAAAGAAUCAAGUGAGAAUAACGCCACUGCAGUUCUGCUUUUCUUUCGCAGGUUUCUUACCGGAUCAAUUCUUGCACAUGAGAUGAUGCAGUGUGCUUGGUGGUGGAAAUAG